CAUCGAACCUUGGCCUGCAUUGCAUUGCACCUUCUCUCUCUCUCUCUCUCUCUCUCUCUCUCUCUCUCUCUCUCUCUUUUAAGCCUUCCCCCUUAGCCUCCCAAGUCCAACCUUUUCAUUCGUACCCUCCGUCCCUCUCUUCUCUCUGUCUCUCUCACGCACAUACAAUCUCCAUCAAAUUACAGACAAAGAGAUGGGUUUCUCAAAAGAGGAGAGAACAAAGCGAGUUUCAAGAGGAUUGAAGACUGUUUUCUUCUUAAUCACCAUGUUAAUUUCGUUUCUCUUGUUCUCCGCACCAGUUCUUCUCGUCAUCGCAGACACCCUUCUUCCAUCGGCUCUUUUAUCGGCUUCUCUGUCCCCCUCAUCACUCUCUCUCCAAACCCUUUCUUCUCACUUCACCAACUACGAUUUUCGCUAUUCACUUAUCGAUAUACCCCUCAUAUCCAUCAUCAGAUCAGCCGUCAUAUUAUGUGUUUAUAGCUUGUGUGAUGGUCCGAGGCUUUCAAGAGGACCGUAUUUGGGAAUUACAACGGCGUGUUCUGUGUCAUCUUUGAUCUUUGUAUCGAUGAAGGCUUCGUAUGUGUUCGACCAUUCGAGCGUCGAUCGAGAAGGGUACGUUCGAGCUAUGGAGGUGGCAUUGUUCGUCUGUUCAUUGGCUAUGGCGAUUGCCCACGUAGUUGUAGCGUACAGGAUUAGUUGCAGAGAGAGAAGGAAGCUUCUUGUUUACAAAAUUGAUAUCGAAGCUGUUUCAGCAUGCAAGAAUGUCCUUUCUAGAUACCAAAAGAUUCUGCUAGAAGAGAGAAUGAAAUGACGAAAAAACAUAAAGAACACCAUUCAUAAUAUGGGGUUUCUGCUGUUUUGGUCAUCCAUUUUUCCAGACCCAGGUUUCAGGUUUAUCCAAAGAAGAUCUGUAAUCAGGUGGUCAAAGCAGUAGAAAUACAAAUAUGAGGCUAUAGAGUAGAACACUGGUUCCUUUAUAUACGAUGUCAUUUAUGUAUAUGUGUGUAAAACAGUGCUAUUAUGUCACUGAAGACGCAGCAACUGUGGCUGAUAAUCGGGCUGAGAUUUGCAAACUCAAGUCGAGUUUGUCGAGCUCGUUUUUAGUGACACAUCAACCAUUGGAUAUCUCACUACUACCCAGUGAUGUUUCUCCCCCAAAAUGUACAGAUUUUUUAUUAAAUCAGUAUAAAAUGAUAUAGCAUUUUCAAGAAACUGUGCAUGGUGUGA